UGUCUGAAAAGGGAAAAAAUCUGCCUUUUAUCGGCUAUGUUUUCUGUUAUCUCCAAACAGAGACUAAUGAAGCAUGAUGCUCAGAAUGGCGGCAACUCCAUCUCUCACUUCACUCUCUCUCCGAAACCCUAAUCUCAGAUUCUGUAUCUCCCUCUUCUCUCCCAAAUCCUUCUCUAUCUGCUUCCUCCCAAACCUUAGACCAUCCAUCACCACCGCCGCCGUUGCCGCCACCUCCGCCGCGGCCAGCGGCACCACCACCAUCACCACUCCUCCCAGCAACUUGUUCAAUGCCGAUCUUCAGCCUUAUCUCUCUUGCUCUCUGCCCAAUAAGCGCCUCAAGAUCGCAGUUCUGCUCAGCGGCGGCGUCGACAGCAGCGUCGCCCUCCGCCUCCUGCAUGCCGCUGGUCACUCCUGUACUGCUUUCUACCUCAAGAUUUGGUUCCAGGAAGACUUCGAGAACUUUUGGAGUGAGUGCCCAUGGGAAGAUGAUUUGAAGUAUGCAAAAGCUGUUUGUGAUCAGGUUGAUGUACCAUUAGAAGUUGUGCAUUUGACAGAUGAAUACUGGAAAAAUGUGGUGUCUUACAUUAUUGAGGAGUAUCGAUGUGGCCGAACUCCUAACCCAGAUGUUCUUUGCAAUACAAGAAUAAAAUUUGGUGCAUUUAUGGAUGCCAUCAGCAGUAAGGAAUUUGACUAUGUCGCUUCUGGACAUUAUGCAAAUGUUGUUCACUCAUUUACAGAUCAAAUGGAUAAACCCUCUGUUCUGGAACUGUCUAAGGAUAUGGUCAAGGACCAGACCUACUUCCUUUCACAUCUCUCUCAGAUCCAGCUUAAACGACUUAUUUUCCCUCUUGGAUGUAUCCCAAAGGAUGAAGUCCGCAGUCUUGCUACAAAAUUGGAUCUGCCUAACAGAGAUAGAAAGGAUUCACAAGGAAUUUGUUUCCUUGGGAAGAUAAAGUUCAGUGAAUUUGUUGCAAGACACAUUGGGGAGAAGGAAGGUAUCAUAUUGGAAGCUGAGACAGGAGAUCUCCUUGGCAAACACCGGGGAUUUUGGUUCUACACUAUUGGUCAACGCCAAGGACUACGUCUUCCUGGAGGACCCUGGUAUGUUGUCGAGAAGGAUGUCAAAAACAAUGUAGUGUUUGUAUCAAGAAACUAUUUCUCAUUAGACAAACGGCGGCGAUUAUUCCGUGUUGGAUCCCUGAAGUGGAUCAGCAGGGAGCCUCCAGGCCAAAUCAGCCAGCUUCAAUGCAAGGUUCGGCAUGGCCCGGGUUUCUACAAUUGCAGUUUUACAAUGGAACCAGGUGAGGAUGGGCAUGAGGAUGUUGCGGUUGUCCAGUUAUCUGAAGAUGAUCAAGGCCUGGCAGCUGGGCAGUUCACAGCCUUCUACCAGGGAAGAAGCUGCAUUGGCUCUGGCGUGAUUUUAGAGUCCUGGGAUGAUCAGGGUUUCCCUGUUUGUGCAAAGGCUCUUGAAAUUGCAAGAAUGGAAGAUAAAUCAAAGCUCGGAAAACCAGUUAAAAUAAAGGUGAGACCAGAGACUCCUCCCAAGGGGUCUGAUCAAAUUGAUGGCAUUAAACUCGAUAGAGAAUUGGCCAAUUCCCAAGCAGCAGUCACGGAUGAAAUAAGUCGAUCAUCUGAAGAAGAAGCAAGGUCCAGAUUCCCCAUGAAUUGGCUGCAAAAGAUUAGAGAAAAGUGGCUGCAGAUGUUAUAAACGUACAAAAGAAUUGUAUGUGUUGAGAAAUAUUUGAUUUUGUGGUAGGCUGUUUUGAGGUUAUUUGCCUGUAAUUUCUAUUUAUUUCUCAUGUAUUUUUUAUGACUUUUAUCCAAAUAACAAAUAUGAAGUACAUUUUCGAACUUGAGCUUAUUAUUA